AUGAUGGACAUGUUAAAGUGGAUGUCAAUUAAACAGAGAAUAUAUUUUAAUACUCUUAAAAUUGAAUCUGGGGAAUCUCCUGAAUAUUUGAAUAACAGAAUGAAGAUGAAAGAAGAAGCUGUCAGACUUAAUCUUCGAAGCCAGAAAAAUUACCUGCUACCACAAUACAAAUCUGAUAUUGGACAAAAUUCUCUUUUCUAUAAAGGACUGAAUAUUUAUUUACAAUGA